AUGGAAUCUCGUAAUUGGAUGUAUAAUAGGACAAACGAAAACCGAGGGGGGAUGAGGCAAGAAUUUGUAGAUGGUGUCGAUGCUUUUGUUGGCUAUGCAAUGACACUUGAAACUUUUCUAAGUCAUGGCUUGGUUAGGUGCCCUUGUGUGAAAUGUCAAUGUAGGAAUUACGAGAAUCGAGAGAUUGUUAGGCUUCAUCUCUAUAAAGACGGCUUUCAAAAAGAUUAUACAGUGUGGACUAGUCAUAGAGAAAUGAAUAGUAGUUUUGGUAGAUUUCAAGACUUUGUUGUUGGUGAAAGUAGUAGGGCGGUGGAACCUAAUGUCCAAAAUUCUAGAAUGCACGACAUGGUUCAAGAUGCUUAUGGGAUGCAUUCCGAUUUUGAAUCCGGAAACUAUGGUGAAGAAGCUCCAAAUGAAGAAGCUAGUCGUUUUUUUGAACAGUUGAAAAAGGCUAGUCAGCCUUUAUAUAACGGGAGUCCCCACUCUCAAUUGUCUAUUGCUGUUAGAUUAUUAAGCAUCAAAGCAGAUUGGAAUGUUCCUCAAGGUGUAAUGGAUGCUGUGAUUGGCCUUAUACAUGAAUUAGUUGACCCGAAUUUAGAGAUACCUGAAAAUUACUAUAAGGCAAAGAGACUAGUGUCUAAGUUAGGACUCUCGUCGAUGAGAAUUGAUUGUUGUGAAAAUGGAUGCAUGUUAUACUAUAAGGAUGACGAAGGUCUAGAAUCUUGUAAGUUUUGUGGAAGAGCUCGUUUUAAGCAGACUCAUAGCGGGAAGAGGGUUGUCGUUAAAGCGAUGCAUUACUUACCUCUUACACCAAGGUUAAAGAGGUUGUACGCAUCAAAUAGCUGCGCUCGUCAUAUGAGAUGGCACAGUGAAAAUAGAAGGUCGCCUGGUGUUAUGUGUCAUCCAUCAGACGGAGAGGCUUGGAAACAUUUUGACACAACACAUCCAGAAUUUGCGGCUGAACCACGAAACAUUAGGUUGGGUUUAUGUUUCGAUGGAUUCACUCCACAUUCUGUUUCUGCUGCACCAUAUUCUUGCUGGCCUGUUUUUUUAACACCAUAUAAUCUUCCACCUGAGUUGUGGGUUGAGACGUUUGACGUUUCUCUUAAGCAGAAUUUUAAUUUGCGGGCCACUUUAAUGUGGACUAUUAAUGAUUUUUCUGCCUACGGGAUGUUGUCUGGGUGGAUGACUGCUGGAAAGAGUAUGAAAAAUGCAUUUAGGAAGAACAAAAUUGAACGAAACUAUCCACCUCCAAGACUUUCGGGAGUGGAAAUUUGGGAGAGGGUUGAGAACUUUCCAAAAGUUACUGAAGAACCACCGUACAAGUUCGAUGGGUAUGGGCUUGCACAUAACUGGACCAAACAGAGCAUAUUUUGGGAGUUACCAUAUUGGAAGGAUAAUCUUCUCCGGCAUAAUCUUGAUGUUAUGCACAUUGAAAAAAUUACUUUGAUAAUUUAUUCAAUACAGUAA